AUGCAACAGACGCACCCCGAACCAAGCGACUCCGACUCUUCCGAAGAAAGCCCGCUUGCCAGCAUAUCCCCCGAAGAAAUCACCGUCGCGAUCUUCUGCGCCCUCCCGCUGGAGUCAGUAGCCGUGCGCUACGCCCUCGACGAAGAAUUCCACUGCCGCCCGCGAUACAACCCGCAAACCAAAUACAUCUUUAGCUACGGGCGCAUCGGCGAGCACAAGGUCGUGCUCGCGCGGCCGCAUCAAAUCGGCCCCGUUAAGGCAGCGCUCUGCGCCGCGGCGGUGGGCCAGCUGUUCCCGAGCGUGCGGUUCGCACUGAUGGUGGGCAUCGGGGCGGGGAUUCCCGGCCAGCGGGAUAUCCGGUUGGGGGAUGUUGCGGUUGGGGUGCCGAGAGAGAAUCAUCCGGGGGUGGUGGAGUAUGAUCUGGGCGAGGAAGCCGGCGGUGCAUUUGCAUCCAAGGGGGUCUCCAACAAGCCCCACCCGCUACUAGUCAGCGCGGACGGGUGUCUGGAGGAGGAGGAGAUCAUGGGGCGGAGUUCACUCCGGAGGAUUCUGAGGUCCAUCACCAGGAUGCCCGGGUAUGGGCACCCCGACGCCGCUGCAUCGGAUGUGCUAUACGAUCCGACCUUUCACCAUGUUAACAAGGGGGCGGAUUGUCGCGGGUGUGAGGGGUCCUCGGAGCGCAAGGUGGUCGCCCGCGGAGUGCGGGCCACGAAACCGGAAUACCCGGUCGUGCAUCGCGGCCUGAUACUGUCUGGUGGUGGCGUAGUGAAAAGCCCCGAGCAUCGAGACCUUCUCCGCCGCGGCUAUGACGACGCCAUCUGCUACGAAAUGGAGGCCGCCGGUAUCGUGGACGAGAUCCCCUGCCUCGUAAUCCGCGGGAUCUGUGACUACGCGGAUACGCACAAGCAGGACGGGUGGCAUCGGUACGCCGCGGCGGUGGCAGCGGCGUACUGCAAGGCGGUGCUGUGCAAGAUUGAUGGUCCGGAUGAACCAGCGGCCGCAACGGAGCAAAGGACGAGCGAUGCGAUCGGGGAGUGUGAGUUCGCCAUGUCGCGCCACCAACCCCAGUCGGGCAAUCUGCCCUGGUCGGAUGCCGCGGCCGCUAUCCCCCGUCGCUUGCUGCCGACUUCGGAUAUUACCUCAAGCUCACUGUGCCAGGACACCACAGGAUCGCGUGGACCGGUGCAUUGGUAUAACGACUCGGUCGAUCAUAUCGAGUAG